CAGAGGCCGCUAUGGCCCCGGAGGACGCGCGGGCCCCCCAGGCCUCCCCCUCCCCUCUCCUGGAUUUGGGGGGGGUCCUGGGGGAGGCCGAUCUCCCCGAUGUGGGGAAGGGGCUGCCCGGAUUUGGGUCUGGGGUCCCGGGGGUGCCGUACCACGAGCGGCAGCGCCGGCAGCUCUGCGCCCUGCACGCCCUCAACAACCUCCUGCAGCGGCCCUGGCUCAGCCAGGCCUCGGCCGACCGCAUCUGCCAGCGGUUGGCCCCAAAUUCGCGGCCCAACCCCCACCGGAGCCUCCUGGGCCUGGGCAAUUAUGACGUCAACGUGGUGAUGGCGGCGCUGGGAAUGCUGGGAUUGGCCGCGGUCUGGUGGGACAAGAGGCGCCCCCUGGAGCGCCUGUGCCUGUCCCACGUGCUCGGCUUCCUGCUCAAUGUCCCCUCCAGGGUGGCCUUGGGGACAUUGGCGCUGCCCCUGUCCCGUCCCCACUGGGUGUGCGUGAGGCCCUUUGGGGACACCUUCUACAACCUGGACUCCAAACUGGCCACGCCCACCCCCAUCGGGGCGGAGCCACAGCUCAGGGAGUUCCUGCGGGCGGUGCUGGCCCAGGCUCCCUCCGAGCUGUUCCUGGUGGUGUCGCGGGACGUGGAGGAGGCGGGGACCUGGCUGAGCCCCGAGUGACACCUGAGGGACACCUGAAGGCACCUGGGGACACUUGGAUGGCACCUGAGUGUCACUUGGAUGUCACCUGGGUGGCACCUGGGGACACUUGGAUGGCACCUGGGUGGCACCUGGUGACACCUGAGUGCACCUGGAGACACCUGGGAGUCACCUGGGUGGCACCUGGGGGCAUCUGGGGACACUUGGGUGGCACCUGGGGACACCUGGGCACCUCUGUGGCAUCAAAUCCCUCCCAAAAAGGAUUAAAAGCGAUCGGUGGCA